UUCGCAUUUGAAAACGAGGUCAGCAAUACAAAACCAAUAAGUCCAAAAUGGCGGUGAUCAACAGGUUCCUGUGUUGGAACCUCCGUACGUCUGUGCUGGUGGGCUAUGGCUUUGUGAUCAUAACAGGUGUGUUUUCCCUUGUGAUGCGAUUAAUAGAUCUGAUUGCCACAGCAACAGAUUUUGAGAUCAGCCAAGGAUUCCAGACACCAUGGAGAUCACAUUUCUGGCAAGCGUUCCUGGCCAGUGAUGUGGUACUGACGUUUGAUUAUGUGGUUAUGAUCCUCUUCAGUGCCUUCAUGUUACUGCAAGUUAGAGAAAGGCAUUUUGUGAUGUACAUGAGUGCUCAUCGGCGGUACAUCAUCAUUUUCUUCAUCUACCAGUUCGUAGAAAUCGCCUUCUCAAUUUUCGAAUUUUCAUACUACGGACUGAACACCUUCAGGCUGAAGUACGUGGUGUGGACAUGGCUGUUCUGGAUGUUCAGGACAUUUGUAAAUGGAGUCUUUUUUGUUGUGCUGAUUGCCAGAAAACAAGAGAUGGGUGAACAGAUGGAUAUGGAACUACGGUUCGCUGGAGAACGCAAACGACCUGGUUUUGGAUAUUAGAGACUUUCCAUGCCAAAUUUGUGUCUACUUAUUUUGUAUAAUGCUAGAUAACAGGAUGUAUUUAAGAUUGUGCCAGUUUUAUAAAUGGAAAAACAGAAAGUAUAGCUUCACACUAUUAAGAUCAAGACAAUAAAGGGCUUGGCUUUAUAUUGUAACACCCUAUAUCUUCUAUAGUACAUCUACAUUUAGAUUUAGGUAUAUUGCAUGCAACCUGAAGUCUUGCAGUUUUAACUUCCCGUAUUAAGGAUCACAAGAAGACAGCCCUUUAAAAUAGCAGAAUGUCAACUUUGUACUGAGAUACAUCAGCCUAGUUAGGGACAAUCCCCUAUGAUGUGGUAAACUAAUGCUCACAUAGUGCUAUGUAGGGAAGGCAAAGACAGACACUUAAUUCAUUCUGUGUGACAUAUAGCACAAGUCAUAAAGAUGCAUUAGAAAUGAAAAUAUUUGCAAUACAUUUGUCUUAAAAAUCACAUGUAAAUAAUCAUCAUAGAUUUCAAGUCAUAACUCAUUAUUGCAUUUGUACAUAAAUUAACACAAUUAAUUUGCAGAUUGUCAGUUAAGUAAUAAUUAAAGGACAUGAUUUAAUCAGCUUAAAAUGGUCAACUGAAAAGUUAGAGCUAACUGUACCAAAUGAAUCUCAAAAUUGAUACGCUGGUAGAAAAGUAAUCUACAAAUCCGUUACGAUGACUACCAUUUGUUUAGGUUGCUCUCUGUAUGUUUAACAUUUCAGUUCGAAAUAUAUGUUCUGAUCCCAGAAAGAAAUUUAGUGAUUACUAAACAAUUUGAAAUAAAUGAGUGAAACAUUGUAUUGUUUAGUAAGCAAGUUUUUUCUCAAUUCAGUCAUUUUUAUUUAAUUUUAUGAGAAAUGAUAAUUGAUUUUCAUUAGCAGUUCAUGUGAGGAUAGAGCAUCAGGUCCAGCAGUAUUCUGACAUUAGUUCAUAGUUAAAUCAGCAGACUUAGUUAUAUUAAUUUCAAUAUUUCAUUUGAUAAUGUGUACUUCAUUCAGUUAUUUUCCAUUGAUCAAGUAUCUAUCAUCAAAUGUGAUUGUAUAUUACAAAGUCAUGUAAAUAAAAUUGAUGUAUUUUUCUGUAAAUAUUAAUGAUAAUUUUUUUAAACUGAUUUUUAUAAUAAAGGAGAAAUAAGAAUACUUAUUGUUGUUGA